AUGGCAGGCCUCUGGCUUUGGGGGCUGGCUCUGCUGGCCUUGCCAGGUUGGAUCCUUGGAGCAUCCUUAGCCUCCAGAUGUCCAGGAGCUUGUGACACYGGGGUCCCAGAAGGCCUCACCUCUGAAGAGACCCAGGUGUCCUGGGACAAGGACAUCCCUGCGAUUAACCAAGGGCUCAUCCCGGAGGAGACCCCAGACAGCAGCUUCCUGGUGGAGGGGGACAUCAUCCGGCCGAGUCCCUUUCGACUAUUGUCAGUGACCAGCAACAAGUGGCCCAAGAGUGCCAGCGGUGCCGUGGAGGUCCCCUUCCUGCUCUCCAGCAAGUAUGAUGAGCCCAGCCGCCAGGUCAUCCUGGAGGCGCUGGAGGAGUUCGAACGCGUCACCUGCAUCAGGUUUGUCACCUACCAGGGCCAGAGAGACUUCAUCUCCAUCAUCCCCAUGUCGGGGUGCUUCUCGGGUGUGGGGCGCAGCGGAGGAAUGCAGGUGGUGUCCCUGGCGCCCGCCUGUCUCCGGAGAGGCCGGGGGAUCGUCCUGCAUGAGCUCAUGCAUGUGCUGGGCUUCUGGCAUGAGCACUCGCGGGCCGACCGGGAUAACUACAUCCGCGUCAACUGGAACGAGAUCCUGCCAGGCUUUGAAAUCAACUUCAUCAAAUCUCGGAGCAGCAACAUGCUGGCGCCCUAUGACUACUCGUCGGUGCUGCACUACGGGAGGCUGGCCUUCAGCCGGCGUGGGCAGCCUACCAUCACACCACUCUGGGCCCCCAGUGUCCACAUUGGCCAGCGAUGGAACCUCAGUGCCUCAGAUAUCACACGAGUCCGCAGGCUCUAUGACUGCAGCCCAAGUGUCCCCGAGUCCCAAGGGAGAGGGUUCCAGGAGGACAGCGAUAGUCGGAGUCCCACCCCCGACUCCAGGCCACACCUGCAAAGGCUUCUGGAGGCACUGUUGGCGGGACCCAGGAGCCCUGAUACCCACSGCCUGAGGCCUGGAGGACAGCGUGUAGCUGCCGGGUCUGUGGAGAGCCCACACAGUGGGCAGCUCCCUGCCUGGAGGCAGCUCCAUGUGGAGGCCUUGGCGAGACCCCCCCAGACCCUGGCUGCUUCCCCAGGCCCCGCAGCAGGAGCGCCUGGCAUUGCUCUAGAGCAGCCCUGGCUGGCCCCAGAGGCCACCAUACACCCACUCCCAGAGGCCAGAGACCAGCCAGCGUCUGCUCUGGGGAGCCCAGCUCUGCCAGGGGACUAUGUCCCCAGAAGUCCCUUCAGAGGAAUGUCCAGAGAUUGA